GUGGGCUGACUGCAAGCAGGAACUCCCGGAGUUGAGAUCUCUCUGCCUUCUCCCCUUAGUGCCCAGAUCUCUCUGCCUUCUUCCCUUGGAGCUGAGCUCGCGCUGCCUUCCCUCUCUCUCCCUUCCCGAUGCCCGCUGUGUGCUUGCAGCUCCCAGGCCAGCCUCCUGCCCAGGAAGAGAAGGGAAUGACCUCUCCCCCCUGGGAUCCUGCUCCCUCCCCAGCUGAGCCCUCAGAGGACCAAGGCCUGGCCCAGGCAGGGGGCCUGGAGACAGAGGCAAGAGAGGCAAUGGCCCCUGGGAGCCACAGACCCCCAGCCCAGGAGUUGGUGACCUUCAAGGACGUGACUGUGGACUUCACCGCAGAGGAGUGGCGCCUCUUGGACCAUCCUCAGAAAGAGAUGUACAAAGAGGUCAUGCUGGAGAAUGCCUGGAACCUGUUCUCCCUGGGACUUCCAGUUUCCAGAGAAGCUUUGAUCUCCCAAUUUGAGCAAGGGGAAGCACCAUGGAUGCUUGAGCAAGAAGGCCCAAGAAACUUCUCCUGUACAGAUGGAGAGACUAGGCUUGACAUGAGGAAGGCUACUUCGACACUGAGCUUUUCUGUGGAAGAAUCACAACAGCAAAGAUUCAUGAAAAAUACUCACUGUGACAUUAAUUUGAGAGAAAACUGUGAUUCUGAUAUCAAGAUAGAGAAAAAACAAAAGAAUCACUGUAACUUUGAUAAAGAUAGAAAGAGUUUCAGCCAAUAUUCACCCCUAAUACACUGUAAGAAAAUUAUCUCAGGGAAUGACUGUUCUCAGGAUAAUAAAUCUAAGGAAUGCUUUACUAAACAAGUAGAGGUUGUUGAGUCUCAAGAAAAGCCUCCUGAAGUGCAAACUUAUCAAUAUGAUGGGACCUUCAGCUUGAAUUCAGACCUAAUUAGACAUCAGAAAAGUCAUACUAGAGACAUGCUUUAUAUCUAUAAUGAAGUUGAAAAGGCCUUUAGUCAUAAUUUAAUGCUCAUAGACCACCAGAAAAUUCACAAUGAAAAGAAAUAUCAUGAAUGUCAUGAAUGUGCUAAAGCCUUUAAAAGGCACUCAUCCCUUCUUUUCCAUCAAAGAAUUCAUACUAGAGAGAAAUCUCAUGAGUGUCAUGAAUGGCAUAAAGCUUUCGGUGAAGACUCAUCCCUUCUUUUCCAACGGAGAAGAUACACUGGAAAGAAUCUUUAUGAAUGUGAUCAAUGCAGAAAAACUUUCAGUCAGAAGGUCCAUCUUGCUGAACAUCAGAGAAUCCACACUGGAGAGAAACCUUAUGAAUGUAAUCAGUGUGGAAAGACUUUCAGACACAGGUCCACUUUUGCUCAGCAUCAGAGAAUCCACACUGGAGAGAAACCUUAUGAAUGCACUCAGUGUGGAAAGACUUUCAGACACAGCUCCACUCUUGCUGAACAUCAGAGGAUCCACUCUAGAGAGAAACAUUAUGAAUGUAAUCAGUGUGGAAAGACUUUCACACAGAGACCCAAUCUUGCUAUACAUAAGAGAAUCCACACUGGAGAAAGACCUUAUGAAUGUAAUCAAUGUGGAAAGACUUUCAGACACAGCUCCAAUCUUGUGAUACAUAAGAGAAUCCAUACUGGAGAAAGACCUUAUGAAUGUAAUCACCAUGGAAAGACUUUCACAAAUACCUGCCAUCUUGCUCUAUAUAAGAAAAUUCAUACUGGGGAGAAACCUUGUGAAUCUAAUCAAUGUGGAAAGGCUUUCACAAUGAACUCCAUUUUUGCUGAACAUAAAAGAAAUCACACUGGAGAAAAACCUUAUAAAUGUAAUCAAUGUGGGAAGAUUUUCAGCUUCAACUCCAAACUUGCUGAACAUCAAAGGAUCCAUACUGGAGAAAAACCUUAUACAUGUAAUCAAUGUGGGAAGACUUUCAGACAGAAUGCCCAUCUUGCUAAACAUAAGAGAAGCCACACUGGAGAGAAGCCUUAUGAAUGUAAUCAAUGUGGGAAGACUUUCAGACAGAGCUCUAAUCUUGGUAUACAUAGGAGAAUUCACACUGGAGAAAAGCCUUAUGAAUGUAAUCAAUGUGGAAAGACUUUUAGACAUAGCUCUGAUCUUGCUAAACAUCAGAGAAUUCACACUGGAGAAAAACCUUAUAAAUGUAAUCAAUGUGGAAAGGCUUUCAGACAUAGCUCUGAUCUUGCUAAACAUCAGAGAAUCCACACUGGAGAGAAACCUUAUGAAUGUAAUCAAUGUGGUAAAACUUUCCGGCAACACUCAUCCCUUAUUUCCCAUAGGAGAAUCCAUAGUAGUUAGAAAUCUUAUCACUGUACUGAAUGAGGAAAAGCAUUCAAAGUGUGUAUUGGGCCUGUUAGAUAUCAGAAUUCAUUCUGGGGACAAGCUAAACAUGGAUUCAAUGUGGGAAGACCUUCACUUAGAGAUCAUCUUUUG